UAUCUUCAAUGGCUAAGUUAAUAGUAGUAGUUCUUUUGUUGCGAUAGAUUUUGAUGCCUAAGGAUGGACAAGGUUCGGCAAGUCCUUUUGUUGCAGUAGAUUUUGAUGAGCAACUUCAAAGAACUCAAACUAAAAACAAAGAUCUCAAUCCUCUUGUUUUCAACAUCAAGAGUCCAAGAGACCUUGAAAAUCAGACAAUCUCUGUUUAUGCUUAUGAUGACCAAAAACAGGGACAUCACAAGAAAUUUCUUGGUCGUGUUAAGAUAUCUGGUGCUUUUAUCCCUUUUUCUGAUUCUGAAGCUUUAGUUCAGAGAUACCCACUUGAUAAAAGAGGAAUCUUUUCACAUAUUAAAGGGGAUAUUGCUUUAAGAAUCUAUGCUGUUCUUGCUGGUGGUGGUGGUGGUGUUGCUGAUGUCAUUCCGACGCCGGUGUUGGUGGAAACUGAGAAGCAGAAUGUGAAUAAUGGUGAAGAUAGAGCAACCCCUUUUACUCCAUUUCAAGAAACUAGCACCAACAACUUUGAAGAACAGUACAUGAAGGAGACUGAAAUCAAGAAGAAGAAAGAACCAGAGGUAAGAACUUUUCAUUCUAUUCCAGUGCCGGUGCCGGCGUCUGGCCAAGGGCUGAUUUUGCAUAGGCAGGUGGACCAAUGGCUAGCAAUGUAAAGCAGAUGCAAA